ACAGCGAGAAAGUCCAGGUAUUUUGUUUGGACGGAAGACCAUGAUGUCUUGAUGCCUCGCGAAGCUGUAACAAGCGAACCUUACAAUUUUAAACCGAAAAGCAGCGAGAGAGGAAAAGUAUGGGAAAGCAUCGCAACCCAUUUGAAUUCUCUGAAGACUCCAGAAUUCAGGGUUACUGCAAGGGCAGUGAGAGAUCGAUAUGCACUCCUGAUCUCCCGGCACAAACUAAAGCAAAGAGAAGAAGGGAAAGCAUCUGGGAUCGAUGUCCCCGAGCUCACAGAGCUCGAUGCCUUGCUGGAGGAAAUUCGAGAGCGAGAGAAAAGCGCAGAAGAAAAGAGUGACGUCCUGAGAAACGAGAGGAAGGCAAAAGAUGAGAAAGAAAAAGCUAAAGCAGAGGAAAUCAGACAGGCGGCUCUUCAGACGAUGGCAAUUAGAAAGAGCGAUGAUAGUGGCGAGAAACCAAAAAAAGUUAAAUUGAGGAGGAGCACCUCUGAUGCAAUCGGAUUUUUGGCCGAGAAGUCAGAGAAAGAGAGAGAAUUGAAAAAGGAAGAGUUAGCCAUCAGAAAAAGAGAGCUCGAUCUAGCAGAAACUAGACAAGAGGGGGCUGCGCAGCAGCAACAGACCAUGUUCUCAGCGCUGAUCAACACGAUGCAGCAACAGCAGCAGCUUCAACAGCAAAACCUUCAAAUUAUGCUUGACCAGCAAAACAAGGUAUUUAUGGCAUUGAUGGAAAAUAUAAAAAAGCAUUAA